UAAUUGGGGCUUGAGCAUUGCAAUACCGGUAACAAUACAAAAAAGACUACUAAAAUUUUUAAUAAAACGAGCUUUAGGUCAUUUUUUAGCAGAAGAACUAGAUCUCGAUAACCUUGAGGUUCAGUUGUUGGGUAAUGGUGUUGUUCACUUAAAGGAGUUGCAACUUAAUGUAGAGGUAAUAAAUGAUCUUCUUACAGAUUUACCAGUUGUAGUGACUGAAGGUCGAAUAGGUGGCAUUGUAGCUGAUAUUCCAUGGAAGAAUCUAUGGAAUGGUGAUGUUGUAUUGGAGAUGCAUAAUUUACAACUAACAGUUGUUCCAGAAUAUGUUAAACCAAGAAAUGCUAAAACUACACCAGAAGAUUCUCAUAUAUCAUCAUCAAUCGUUAUCGCUGGGGAUUUUUUUCGUGAAAUAUAUCCUGACGAGGAUGAAGAGCUUCGAAAUUCCAUUUAUAAUUCUUUUCAUAGCAGUUCAGGACAUCCUUCUGAUAAUCAAGAUCAUAAUACUAAUAAUAACAUGGACCAAUCUGACACUUUACCUCAACAACCACCUCUACAUUCUGAAAGUAGUAUUGAAGGUGUUCAAAUUUUGGCAAGAUUGAUUGAUAAAUUAUUAUCAAAUGUUAAAAUAGUACUUAAAAAUUCUUGCAUUCGAAUUCAUCAUCAAUCCAACAUUUCUCCCAAUUUUAACUUGUCAUCCGAUCCUGAGAUAACAAAGGAUUAUUAUUUUGAUCUGGAAAUACCUAACAUAUCAUUUUGUGACGAUACACCCGGUUCAAGCCAUUCCAAAAAUACAUCAAACAACACUGACAACAAUAAUAAAGAAGAUGAUUGUCAUGAUAAUGAAGAAAAGCCAUACGAAGCCAUGAUUCUUUCUUGUUCAGAGAAAGAAAAUUGGAUUCGAAUUAGAUUGCGACCAAAUGCUCCUUUUUCAGUUCAAAUGGAUUUGAACAAUGACACAUCAUCAUUUUAUUAUUCGCAAGAAGCUAAAAAACAAGCAAGUGUUACACAAUCUUUGGACAUUGAAGGAUUUAUUCAAUCAGUGGCAACUAUGAUGACACCAGGUCACUUAGCUUUAAUAUUAGAUUUAUUGAACAUUUUAGGUAAAAGUAAAUAUGCUUCGGAUACAAGAUCUUCUGGUAGUAUGGAAAGCGAUGAUGAUUUUAGCGAGAAUGUACUUAAAAAAAAUCAAAUGGUUGAAAAUAAAUUAUCAGAUAUUAAUAGAACUAGGGUACCGGAAAUACUUAAUUGCGAUCAUUUAAAAGUUGAUAUCGGUGAUUUUUCUUGUAAUAUUCAAAUCCAUAAAUCCGAUGUUUUUUUUAGUAGAAAACGUAGUGGUAGUAUUACAGGUGGUAGUCAUUCUUCUAAUCUACCAAAAAUUGCAGAAGGUGAAGAAGGUUUAGAUGUUUACGUGAAUAUAUCUUUAUCCAACCUAUCAAUAUCGGAGUGGCUGAAUAAAAAUCAUCCUAAACAAGGAGAGAAUUCUAAACCGGAAACCAAUACAUCAAGUCCCAAGUAUAUUCUACCCAAUUUUGAUAUUUAUAAUCCCAUAUUAUCUUUCGAUCAAAAUCUUUUGAACUCUUAUGAUCUUGAGACAAUAGAUUUUCCAAAAUUUGUUGUUAAUGAAAACCCAGCAACAAAGAAUGCUAAAUAUAGAGCCAAUAGCUUCAAGGGUUCAAGUUCUAGUGCUACAUCAUUUGAAACUAGUGGAAAAAAUUUUGACAACAAAGCGAUUCAAAUAAAAAUUGGUUCAUUGGCGUCUACACAAAUAUCUCAAAAUCUUGUUGUUAAUGAUAUCAAAGUAAAUUUACAACCAAUUCAAUUACAUUUGGAUUUAAGAAUAAUUGAUAGAUUGGAAAGAUAUAUAAUGGUUUUAAGUGGUAACUCUAAUGUUAUGUAUUCUCGAGAAGAAAUUUCAUCAAAGACAACUUAUUCAGAACAUUCAACAAGUCAACAUAUAAUAGAUGACUUGGAUACUCAAAGGCUAAAAGAGAAUAAAAGUUUGCAAACAUCACGUUUAAGUUUAAAGUGUAAUUUAAUAAGAAUCAUGCUAAAUUGUCCGGAUAUGAGUGGAGCAAAUGAAUUAGAUGUUACAAAUUGUUUUAGUUUACAUUCAGAUUUACUUAUUGCAGAUAUAAUAAAUGUUGAUCUUUAUACAGAUAGUAGUCUUCAAAAUAUUGAUUCACAAUCUUCAAGUCUUAUAUCACAACAACACGAUGAAUUGUAUUUGAAGAAUUAUGAACAACAACAAGACAAAAUUAAAAUUGAAUGUCAUGGAAUAAAAGUUUUUUUGAAAAAAUAUGAUGAAAAAGAAGCUAGAUGCUUUCUUAAUGUGAAUCCAUCUAUACAACCACUUAAUCAUAAUCAAUCAGCAAAAACACUUUUAAAUGUAGAAAUAUCUUAUCGUCCAACUAGUGAAAUUACUAGUAGAUUGACAUUUAUCUCAAGUGGAAUUCGAUCACCCUUUUCACAAACAUUUACAUCUUUUGAAGGUGAGGAUAGAGCAACUUGGCCAACUGAAAAUGAAGAAGAAGAGAUUUUGAUGUUCAAACAAAGAAUUAUUGAAAGUUCAAUAUUUGUAAUUACUUGUAUUUUUCCUAAAACUCGUGUUCAAAUGAACAAAACACAAUUUGAUAGACUCCAAAUCUUAUUUAAUGAUUUGUCAAUAUGGCAACCAAACAUUUCUGUGAAUGAUGAUGAAGUUGUAGCAUCUUAUAAUAGUGAUCAUAUUAAAUCAACUUUUAACACCCAAUUUAGGAAUAAUAAUAACAGUAGAUUAGAAAACAAUGAAUUGCCUUAUGGAUCAAGUAUGUACGAUUUGGAUGAUUUUGAUAUGAGAAGAAAACUUGAGUCUGAAUUUAUUGGAGCUCGCAGUGAUACCAAUAUAUCCUUAAAACCAAGCUUGGCAUCUCUUGUUGUAUCCAUGACAAAUGUUGAAAUUUCAUUGUUGUGCCAGUCAGAUAAAACAAAAGCUCAAUAUGAUAAAAUGAAUUCAUAUAAAUUUAUUAUGAAUGAUUUUAGAUUUUUUGCAGCUCUUAAACACGAAGGCAAAAAUGAUACUUAUAUUGUUUUAGAUAAUGAUCAAUUCUCAUUUUUGGAUCAGAAUGACGAACUGAUAUUUAAUGAUGAAUCAAAUGUGAAAGAAACAGAUAUGUCAUUAUUUGUUAAUGGUAUAACUUUGAGUUUUACCAAAGAUCCUAAAUGGACUGGAGAUCUAAUAGAAUUUUUACAGGAACCAGAAAUGUUAACUUCUAUUGAAAUUCCCAGUCAAUUCACUAAACUAUCUGUUAUUGUCAGAGAUUGUUCUAUUAUCUAUCAGCCUGAAAAAUUUCCAGCAAGGGUAGUCUUCGCAAUUGAUUGUGUUAAGUUGUGUAGUAAUAUUAAUCCUGAUUCGCCUAUGUUUUCUUGCAAAUUUAUUGUUCAAAGAAUGGAUUUAAUGCUUAUUGAUGAUGUUAAAUCGCUCAACAAUAAUAAACCUUAUAAUAGAUUUUCUGCUGAAUCUGUGAGCGUUAAAAAAUAUUGGAAGUCAUUAGGAUUUGUUAAAACAGCUUCUUUAGAUUUUGCUGAAAUAUUACUUCGAACAAAUAAAGAGACAUGUGCAGAUGCAUUUCAAACUUUAAUUGCUUUAAUGACUAACAUUACGUCAAAGAAUGGUACACCUGAAACAAAUGUUCCACUUAAUCGAAAAGAUACAUUUCAUCGAAAAGAUAUAAGUAUAAAUCUUGAUGCACUUAAAAAAAUUAUUGAAGAAGAUGUCUUUACCCCCCUGGAGAUAAAUUCAUCAAAUCCUGAAAUAUCAAAUUCUAAUUUGGAGUUUGAUGAAAAAUUUUAUGGUACAGAAGAAGAUGAUAAAGAAGACUAUGAGAAAAUCAUAAUGGGUGAUGCUAAUGAAGUUUCUUCCAAGCCGGAUAAAAAAAAUAAUAUCAAGCCUGAUAUUACAUUUGAUGAUGAUAAUAGUUCAGAUUCUGAUAAUAAACAUUUAGAUUCUGAUAAUGAGUGUUUAAAUUUUGAAGAUGACCAUUUCUCUGUGCCAACUGCAAAUGAACUUGAAAAUAUCAAUCAAGAAUUUCCAAAAUCUUUAACAAGAAUAAAAUUAAACGAUUUUAAUGUUAUAUGGAAAUUAUAUGAUGGAUAUGAUUGGAAGCACACAAAAGAUCAAAUUCCAGACUUUAAUCCCGAGAAGGCACCAACAAAUCCCAUAGAAACUACAGAAAGCAUAUCAAAAGGGGGAAUAGCUUUUCGAUUGUUGUUACUUGUUCAAGAUAUUGAGAUUAUUGAUAAUAUUAAAACUUCAGCAUGGCAUAAAUUCUUAACACAAAUGCAUCCAGACAAAGAUACAAAACCUAGAGAAAGCAAAUCAAACAUGAUAAGAUUUGAAUUAAAUAGUAUUCGUUCAAUACCUUCAGAACCUGCAGAGGAAUUUCGAAUAAAGUUACAAUUGUUGCCACUUAGAUUUUAUAUAGAUCAAGAUGCUCUUAAUUUUUCAAUCGGAUUUUUUUCAUACAAAGACAACACAAUAAAUAUAAAUCAAGUUGAAGAUGAUACAUAUUUUCAAUAUUUCGAAAUUCAACCUAUUGUUAUGAAAAUAGAUUAUAAACCAAAACAUAUUGAUUAUACUAAUUUGAAAGGAGGAAAUCUAGUAGAAUUAAUGAACUUUUUCCAUUUUGAAGCAGCGGAAAUGACAUUAAGAUCUGUUAAAUUAACAGGAGUCAAAGGUUGGCAACGAUUAUUUGAAGAGUUAGGAGCAGCAUGGUUACCACAUAUAAAAAAUACACAGGUUCCGAGUUUUGUAUCUGGUGUUACCCCAAUACGAUCAUUAGUUAACAUAGGAUCUGGUGUUGCUGAUCUUAUUCUUUUGCCAAUUGAACAAUAUAAGAAAGAUGGUAGAAUAAUCCGAGGUCUUCAGAAAGGUACACAAUCAUUUGCAAGAGCUACAACUAUGGAGGCUAUUAAAUUUGGAACAAAACUUGCAGUUGGCACACAGAUUUUACUGGAACAUGCAGAUGAGAUUCUUUCUUUUGAAACACAGCCAAGAACAAGCAAUAGAAAUGUUAAUGAAGAUCUGGAGGAUAAUAGUGAAGAAGAGGAUGAUGAUAAAGAACUUAUAAGUAAAUAUGCCAAUCCACCAGCUGAUUUAAAUGAAGGAAUUGAAGCUGCCUAUAAAAGUUUAAGACAGAAUAUCGGAGCAGCAACUCACACAAUAUUUGCAGUACCAAUGGAAGUAUAUGAGAAAACAGGAACUCAAGGAACAGUUAAAGCUGUUAUCAGGGCAGUUCCUGUAGCAGUGCUAAAGCCAAUGAUUGGUGCAUCCGAAGCAGUUUCUAAAACAUUACUUGGAUUAACAAGCACCAUUGAUCCAACCAAAAGACCACAAAUGGAGGAUAUUUUAUAUGAUACAAAUGUUGGAUUAAGUGUCAUGGAAGAUAAAACUAUUAAAGUACAGAUAAGUAAUUCUGAGUAUAGAGAUUUCAUAACUCAAAAAUUAGAAUCAGACAAAAAUAAUGGGUUGAAUGAUUAUACACCUUGUCCAACAAUGAAUGUUUAUGAUUUGGAGGGAAAUGUGGCAGAGUCAGAAAAAGAUUUUUGCGAUACUAGUACUAAUGUUGAAAAUACAUCAGAAAGAAAAAGAAAACAAGAAAGCAGUGUAAUAUAUGAUAAUGAAAUGCAAGAAAGUGCUGAAUUUUUACUUAAUCUUAAUGGAUCUAAUGAAGAAUCUAUCAUUGUAAAUGUUGAUGAAGCUUUAUUAUCAGAUGAAGUUCCAUUACCAUCAAAAACACUGAUGAUAAAACUUCUGAGUCCUGCAUACUGGGGAAUAUUGGAUUUAACUAAAGAGAGUAUCAAGGACUUUAAAAUAGAGGAUAAAGAAAUCUAA